AAAACUGUGGUGAUUUGUUUGGUGGCGGGGAGAUGAACAAAAGAAACCAAGCCUUGGAAAUGUAAAAAAUUUUGAUGUUUUAUUAAUGGUUUGUCCUAACUCUUAGUCAAGAUGAAGAUUUUUUGUGUUGAUUCAAUUGAAAUGGGAUUAGACUCUCUCCAGUGUUUUUUGGCUAGACUUGCUAAUUUUGUUGCUAAUAUGAGGCUGAACUGACAUUUGUUUUUGUGUGUGUUCUUUUAUGGCUGUGCUAAUGGAUUAAAGCACAAGACAAGAUAUCAGAUUUUGAGAUGAAGCUGAUGGAUAUUGAUAGUGAGCACCUUGGAAUUCCAGAGGCAGAGUACCAUGCUAUAGUUAGGAUGCCUUCAGCUGAGUUUGCAAGGAUUUGUAAAGAUCUUGCUAGCAUUGGUGAUACUGUUGUUAUCUCUGUUACGAAGGAAGGUGUGAAGUUUUCCACAAGAGGUGAUAUUGGAACUGCAAAUAUUGUUCUCAGGCAAAAUACCACUGUAGAUAAACCGGAAGAAGCAACAAUUAUAGAGAUGAACGAUCCAGUGUCAUUGACAUUUGCAUUGAGGUACAUGAACUCAUUUACAAAGGCCACUCCGUUGUCAAAUACAGUGACAAUCAGCUUGUCUUCAGAACUGCCUGUUGUGGUUGAGUACAAGAUAGCUGAGAUGGGUUAUAUCAGGUUCUACUUGGCACCCAAGAUUGAAGAGGAUGAGGAUGAGACUAAGCCACAAGUCUAACUUGAUUUUGGCAUGGGAUCUUGUUUCCUUGUCCAGUAGUUUGUGUUUGAUAUUGUUGUCAAUGUUACCUCGAGGGUUCUACUUGAGGCUCACAUUGUAGCCAAGCGAUAAGAAGUUUAGGUCGGAUGGAUGAUAAAUUUCUUUCAUGUGCUUGGAUUUUUCUGAUGUUCUGUUACAAAUGAUGGUGCAUUUCUUUUCUUAUUUGUGUUCAUUCCUACUGCAACUUAAUAGAUUCUCAUUAAAACUGU